GUUGACUUCUGAUGAUGGGAAAAGUGAAAACAGUGAAGUAAAACCAGACAGUGACCACCAGCUCCUCUCUCACAGCUCUCCUGUAGCUGAGAGCCAAGAUCAGAGAGGAAGCAAACAUGAGGACUCAGGAUCAACUAGAAAUGCAGAACCAAAGCCACAGAAGAGACAAAAUGGAAACAGUGGUCACAGUGACAGUGAAUACAUUCCUCCCAUGUCAAAGAGUGACUCUGAGACUGACAAAGGACAAAAUCACAUGGGUGAGAAACCACAUUCUUGCAAAAUAUGUAGGAAAAGCUUUGUACGUAGUAGUGUCUUGAAAGUCCAUAUCAGAACUCACACAGGUGAGAAGCCGCACUGCUGUAACACCUGUGGAAAAAGAUUUAGUCACAAGUCAACAUUUUUAAACCAUAUGAGAGAACACACAGGUGAGAAGCCAUAUUUGUGUAAGACAUGUGGGAAGAGUCUCAGAACUAGAUGGGGCUUGUUGAUCCACAUGAGAACUCACACAGGUGAGAAGCCUUAUUCUUGUGAGACAUGUGGGAAGAGUUUUAUAUGUAGUAGUGUCUUGAAAGUCCACAUAAGGACUCACACAGGUGAGAAGCCGUACUCCUGCAACACGUGUAGGAAAAGAUUCAGUCAGCUGUCACAGCUGAAAAAGCAUACUAGAGUGCACACAGGUGAGAAGCCAUACCCGUGCAACACCUGUGGGAAAAGAUUUGGCGACACUUCAGCACUGAAAACGCACACGAAGACGCACAUAGGAGAGAAACCGUAUGUUUGCGACGGCUGUGGGAAAAGAUUUAGUGACACUUCAGCAUUGUCAAUACAUAUGAGAACUCACAUAGGUGAGAAACCAUAUGUUUGCAACACUUGUGGAAAAAGAUUUAGUGACACUUCCUCAAUGAAAACGCAUAUGAAAACUCACAUAGGUCAAAAACCACAUAUUUGCAACACUUGUGGAAAAAGAUUUGGUGACACUUCAGCGCUGAAAAUGCAUAUAAGAACUCACACAGGUGAGAAGCCAUAUUCUUGUGAUACGUGUGGAAAAUGUUUUGUAAGCAGUAGUGUCUUGAAAGUCCACAUAAGAACACACACAGGUGAGAAGCCGUACUCCUGUGACACCUGUGGUAAAAGAUUUAUUGCCAUGUCAUUAUUGAAAAGGCAUAUGAGAACUCACACAGGUGAGAAACCAUACUGUUGUGACACCUGUGGUAAAAGAUUUAGUUACAGGUCAACAUAUAUAAACCAUAUCAGAGUGCACACAGGUGAAACGCCAUAUUCCUGCAAAAUAUGUGGAAAGAGUCUCAGCACUAGAGCGGGCUUGUUGAUCCACAUAAGGACUCACACAGGUGAGAAGCCGUACCCCUGCAGCACCUGUGGGAAAAGAUUUAGUGUAAAGUCGAAAUUGAAAGGGCAUAUGAAAGUGCACACAGGUGAGAGACCAUAUUCUUGUAACACAUGUGAGAAGACUUUCAUAUGUAAAAGUGACUUGUCGAUCCACAUGAGAAUUCACUCAGGUGAGACUCCAUACUCUUGCCUCACCUGUGGGAAAAGAUUUAUUGUGAUAUCAGGUUUGAAAAGGCAUAUGAGAACUCACACAGGUGAGAAGCCAUACCUGUGCACCACCUGUGGGAAAAGAUUUAGUGAUAGGUCCAACUUGACAGGUCAUAUGAGAGACCACACAGGUGACAAGCCACAUAUUUGCAACUCUUGUGGGAAAACAUUUAGCAGCAUUUCAGCACUGAAAACACAUAUGAGGACUCACACAGACGAGAAACCGUAUAUUUGCAACACCUGUGGAAAGACGUUUAAAGGAACUUCAAUACUGAAAAAGCAUAUGAAAACUCACACAGAUGAGAAGCCAUAUUCUUGCGAAACAUGUGGGAAAAGUUUUCUACAUAGCGAUGUUUUGAAAAUUCAUAUAAGAACACACACAGGUGAAAAGCCAUAUUCUUGCAAAACCUGUGGCAGAAAUUUUACAAACAGCGGUGAUUUGAAAGUUCACAUAAGAACUCACACAGGUGAGAAGCCGUACCCCUGCAACACCUGUGAGAAAAGAUUUCGUCACAAGUCUGUACUGAAAACACAUAUGAGAACUCACACGGGUGAGAAACCAUUUUCAUGUGAAACAUGUGGGAAAGGGUUUAUACGUAGUGGUAUCUUGAAAAUCCAUAUGAGAACUCACACAGGUGAGAAGCCGCACUCCUGCAACACAUGUGGGAGAAGAUUUACUGACAAGUCAGCAUUGAUCAGGCACAUGACCGUGCACACAAAUGAGAUGCCAUUUUCGUGCAAAAUGUGUGGGAAGAGUUUCAGAGCUAGAGAUGGCUUGUUGGUCCACAUGAGAACUCACACAGGUGAGAAGCCGUACUCCUGCAACACCUGUGGGAAAAGAUUUAGUUUCCAUUCAGGAUUGAAAUACCACGAGACAACUCACGCACGGGAGAAGUCAUAUUUGUGCAAAACGUGUGGGAAGAGUCUCAGCACGAGAUUGGGCUUGUUGAUUCACAUGAGAACUCACACAGGUGAGAAGCCGUUCUCCUGCGACACCUGAGGGAGAAGAUGCUUUGAUGUGUCUGAGUUGAGAAGGUACACUGCCUUUAUUAAUGUUUUGGACAAUGUUUUUUUUAAUAUGCCCCUCCACUCCACAGUUUGAAAUUUAAAAUCAAACUAUCUAGAUGUGUUUAAAGUACACAUUCAAGACUUUAAAUUAAGCAAUAUUAACUGAGAGGGUGUGCUUUAACGUCAUUUGAGCACAACAGUGAUGCAGUCAGCUGCGGCCGCAAGCAUCACUGAAGUAUAAUAUUAUACAACUAUUACCAACAAAGUAAAAUGUAUAAUCAAAAUCUGUUCAUGUUGAGGAGCAAUUUGCUCUCAAAAUUAAAAGGUUUGGCGAGUGUUUUUCCCGUUUCCAUGGAAAUACAUGGGGUCUGACUAAUAACUGGAACACAAUCAGUCACAUCAGUGGACUCCUAUGUGUAAUGGAACCGAGUUUACCACUACAGCAAAUAAUCAGACCCUUAGUAACGACGUAGCAACAGAAAUGAUAGAUGAUGAUAAAUAGUCCUAGAUGAGUGAACUCUGAGCUGACGGUAAUGCUUUAUCGAGGUCUCGGUCUUUACCAAACUAAAUGAAUGCUUACUUUUAUCAACCACGUUAUAACAAAGACGCUGCAUUUUUUUACUCACACAGAUGUAGCUUCUGCAACCGCAAACUUUUACAUGAAUUUUAAGUUAUAGCGCCGUGUCACCGGCACAGCUGAUGGAGAAAGCCGAGGCGCUUUGCUCAAAUGACAUUAAAGCACACCCUCGAGUGUAAUCUUGCGAUUAUACAACUAUUACUGAUAUUACUGAUUUGAGCACAUUCUAAAUGUCUUGUUGACCAAUCAGAUUGCUUGGUCAGAACUACUUUUUGUAUAAUAAUACUUAAGGUGUUUCAUACAUUUCGGUUUCACCAUGUUGAAAUUCUAGCACUUUUUUACACAGCUCCCUCCUUUCAGUGUACCACAAUGUUUGGGACAUUGGCCUUACAGCUUUGUUUGUAUGUAUGUACUUUAACUGUGGAGCAGAGGGACAUAUCAAGGAUAAAAGUGUUUUUGUCCCAAACAUUAUAGAGGUUACUGUGCAGAGGAAGUAGCCUUGUGUUUGUAAAAUAUGUGUGAGAGCAUUCAGUUGUAGUGAUUCAUGGACAAAACACAGAAACUGACGGAAGUGAGGAGCCACGUAACUGCAACCCGAUGAAUCACUAGUCAAACAGCAACAUCUUUCAUUGAAGAGGUCACUGUAUCUUUGUAUUACAUUGACAACAGUGUCAUCGAGUUUUCUUAAACUACCUUCAUUUUUCACUUCAUAUUACUGUAUUACUCAUAUUUAUGUUUAUAACAUUAUUCAUUUGAACCUUGUAUUGUAAUCUCCCACUCCUUGACUUCUUAAGUGAUUUUUAUUUUAGUAUUUAUAUACACUACCUCUGUUAUUUGACUGGUUGGUGAACUCCGAUGUUGAAGCUGAGAAAGCCUCUAGUGCUGCUGAGUCACUUAUGUUGUCAUCCUGCCAAACACAGUUGUUUCUUUAUUGUUGUAAUCUUUAUAUUUUUCUGUAUUUGUGAUUGCACCAAUUUAAUACAUUGUUUAUUAUGUGAGGCGUCAAAGGUGGAACAUAUAGAAGAUGUUGUGCAUGGUUUUAUAAAAGGUACCAUAGAAAUAUUCUUGCUUAUUUUAAAAGCAAGAAUAUUUCUUUCAGUGUUUGUUAUUCAGACUGAUUGAUGCACUUAAUGAUUAGAGUAACUAUGAAUAUCAUCAGUCUAAGUGGUAGCGAUGUAAACAGUGAUGAGUAAAUAAAAGUAUGUGGACUAUGAAA